AAUGGAUUAACUUUAUUAUUAUGAUUGAAAUUGAUUACUGGAUGUUUCAUUCAAUUAUUUUUGUAACCCUCAGCAAAGUGUUGAUUUAAUAUGGCUUUUAUGUGUAUUGAAUUUCAGUUUGCGUAUGCAAUUUCUUAUCAACAAAAGCGCGGCUUUUCCCUGUAUUUACUGGCUCUCCUGAGGAGAUUGCAACCGGAUUAGCUAAGAGAAGCUGGCUGAUUAUUAACGAUAAUCUUAGUUACUCGCUUGCCGCCAAAGCCGCAGCACGAUGAGAAGUGCGUUCUCUGGCCAGUUUGUCCAGCUGGGAGCAGCUUUGCUGGUUCUACUGGUCCAUUUUGUGACUUCACAAGAUCCGGAUAUAGUAAAAACCUGCACUUCCUACAAGAAGAGCGUUUGGGAGGAGACCUCGGAGUUCAGCUUCUUGAUCGAGAAUGCUCCGAUUAUCUACAAGACCUUGGACAAAUGCACGAGCUAUGCACCGCUCGUAAUCGGCGGAGGACCCGCCUUGCCCAAGGAGUUCCCGCACGCAGCGCGCCUGGGACAUCGGGAAGACAAUGGCGAAGUUGAGUGGUUCUGUGGAGGAACGCUUAUCAGCAACCUGCAUGUGCUCACGGCAGCGCAUUGCCUCUACUCGCCGCAGGGAUCAGUAAACAUCGUUCGCCUCGGGGACCUGGAAUUCGACACAAACAACGACGACGCCGAUCCGGAGGACUUCACCGUAAAGAACUUCACCAUCCACCCGGGCUAUAACCAUCCCGCGAUCUACAACGACAUAGCUGUGGUGCGGCUGGGCAAACCCGUAACCUUCAAUGAGUACAAGCAUCCCGCGUGCCUUCCCUUCGUCGACGGACGAUCGGUCGGCUCCUUCAUCGCCAUUGGUUGGGGUCAGUUGGAGAUCGUUCCCAGGACCGAAAACAAACAGCUGCAGAAGGUGAAGCUCUACAACUACAAAACGCGGUGCAGCAUGACGGCGGACAAGAAUGAGGAGCUGCCCGAGGGAUACAACGCCACCACCCAACUCUGCAUCGGAUCUAGCGAGCACAAGGACACCUGCAACGGCGACUCCGGUGGACCAGUGCUGAUCUAUCACAAGGAUUACCCCUGCAUGUACCACGUAAUGGGCAUCACAUCCAUCGGAGUGGCCUGCGACACACCGGAUCUUCCGGCCAUGUACACCAGGGUACACUUCUACCUGGACUGGAUCAAACAGCAGCUCGCCGAGAACUAGUAAAGAAAAUUAUAUCAAGAAUACAAAAACAUAUUAUUUAAAGACUUUGAAAUUUCACAACCAUUAUUAUUAGUAUCAACUUUAUAAUAAAUUGAAUAGUUUUUAUUAAACGCUUGUCAAAAACGAAAUAGAAAUAAUGUUUGUUGGCUAUAUUUUCAUAGGAAACCAUUAAUACAGAUCUGGUAUUAUUUCAUUAUAGUUUAAAUAUCAUUAUAAGAGAUCCAAAUAUAAUGAUUACCCGGUUAAAUA